AUGAGUUUAAAAAAACGAGAAGAUAUCGAUGACGAAGCAUGGUCUGGUCGACGCCCUAUCGAGACCACAUUCGAACAUAUUGAAGAAAUUUGUAGUCUUAUUAACAACGAUCCUCAUGUUACAAUAGACGAGAUGGAGGUGCAAACUGGCUUCAGCCAUGGAACCAUCCACCGAAUCAUCUCCGAUUAUGUGCGCCUCAAAAACAUGACUACUCGUUAUGUACCCAAGCAGUUGGCUGAUUCGCAGCGAGCUGAAAGAGUUCGAAUACGCAAAAAAACAUUAACAGAAGUCGAAUUAGAUGCUUGGCGAUUGUAUGAUGCUAUAACAUGUAAUGAGUCAAGGUUCUGUCAUAAAAAAAUUGGUCGAAAAUUGUCAAAUGUUCCUUGGGUUUCAGAAGAGAAUCCUCUAUCUACAGUGGUAAGACAAAGUCGUUUCGCUCGAAAGAUCUUAUUUAGUAUCUUUUUCAAAUCAUCUGGUCCUGUCUUAAUCCAUUAUGUGGAAAGAGGCUAA